AAACCCCGGAGCUUCAUGGGAUGCCGUAUAAAGCGCGGUGCGCCGGGCCGGCCGCGGCUGCGGGAGCUGCCGGUGCGUGCGGAGCCGCCGCCGCGCCCGUCCGACGGGCCCCGAGCCCCCGGCAUGGAGCCGCCGGGAGCGGAGCCCCCGGGAGCGGCGGGGCAGCCCUGGGAGGAAGCCAAGGCUUUUUACGACAACCUCGCCCCCAAGAAGAAGCCCAAAUCGCCCAAGCCCGAGAACGCCAUCACCAUCGCCGUGUCCUCGCGGGCGCUGUUCCGCAUGGAGGAGGAGCAGAAGAUUUACAGCGAGCAGGGCGUGGAGGCCUAUGUGAAAUACCAGCUGGACCAUGAGAACGAGCCCUUCCUCCCUGGGGCUGCCUUCCCCUUCGUCAAGGCGCUGGAGGCUGUGAACACGCAGCUGCGGGAGCUGUACCCCGACAGCGAGGAGCUGUUUGACAUCGUGCUCAUGACCAACAACCACGCGCAGGUCGGGGUUCGCCUCAUCAACAGCAUCAACCACUACGGUCUGUUCAUCGAGAGGUUCUGCAUGACGGGAGGGAACAGCCCCAUCUGUUACCUCAAGGCCUAUCACACCAACCUCUACCUCUCCUCCGACGCCGAGAAAGUGAGUGGGGCCAUUGAAGAGGGGAUCGCUGCAGCCACCAUCUUCAGCCCCAGCAGAGACCUGGAGGUGUCGGAGCACCAGCUGCGCGUGGCGUUUGACGGCGACGCCGUGCUGUUCUCCGAUGAGUCGGAGCAGAUCGUCAAGGCUCACGGCUUGGACAUGUUCUUUGAGCACGAAAAGGCUCAUGAGAACAAGCCUCUGGCUCAGGGACCCCUGAAGGGUUUCCUGGAGGCCCUGGGGAAGCUGCAGAAGAAGUUCUAUUCCAAGGGGCUGAGGAUGGAGUGUCCCAUCCGCACGUACCUGGUGACAGCCAGGAGCGCGGCCAGCUCGGGAGCCCGGGCGCUGAAGACUCUGCGCAGCUGGGGCCUGGAGACAGACGAGGCUUUGUUCCUGGCCGGGGCUCCCAAGGGGCCGCUGCUCAGGAAGAUCCGUCCCCACAUCUUCUUCGAUGACCAGAUGUUCCACGUGGAAGGAGCCAAGGAGCUGGGCACCGUCGCUGCCCACGUCCCCUACGGCAUCGCCCAGAAGCACAAGCGGCCGCCGCGGGAGAAGCAAACCCCCAACAGCAAGUAGCAGAGCUGGGGGUCCCACAGACACCACCCCUGUGCCACGCUGGGACCUGUGGCUGCACGGCACAGACACCACCCCUGUGCCAUGCUGGGACCUGUGGCUGCAGGGCACAGACAUCACCCCUGUGCCACGCUGGGACCUGUGGCUGCAGGGCACAGACAUCACCCCUGUGCCACGCUGGGACCUGUGGCUGCAGGACAGGGGUCACUUGCCCCAGCGAGCUCGAGGUUGUUCCCAGGGCCACGGAGGAUGAGGCUGCCCAAGGGCUCCCGUUUGCCUCUGUGUGUGUUGUCCCUGUUCCUUGGGGCCAGAGGCUCCCCUGCUCCAGGCAGCCCCACAGGCCUUUCCCCUUCACCCCUGCUCGUUUCAGGUGCCAUCCCUCCAGGAUGGAGCUGUUUGUGAGCUGUUGGUGCCGGGCAGUUGAACCUAUUGGUGUUCCUUUAAAACCCCAAGUAACUCCCAAAGCCUUUGCUAUCCCAAGCAAGUUCUCAGGCUCAACUGUUGAGCUGGAAAGCUGGGAGCACACAGUAACCCCUUCUUGCAGGUUUGAAACAGAAUGUCCCUUUUAGUUAAAAUGGAACCAUGAUGUUCUUGCUCCCCAGCCCCAGCCCCUGCUCCCCAGCAGGGUUUAGUCAGCUGCAGAGCUGUGCUGUCAGGCACAAACAGAGAAGCAAACACAUAUAUAUAUUUAAUCUUGUUUUCUGCUUGGAGCUUUGGGCCAUUGCUGACCCAGGUUUUAAAACUUGGGGUUCAGUUGCAUGAGUUGCCACAUGAAAAUAACGACCUGGGUGAGGCAGCCAGAGCUCAGCUCCUGUGUGAGCCCUCCUGGGUCCACUGACCUGUGCCCAGCCUUGCAAUGAGGUCAAAAGCAGGCCCUGGGAUAUCAGGGACAUCGUUUGAAGUCCAUUUAGGUGAAUCUGCCGAGGAUUUCACCCUGGGGUGGUUAAUUAAAGGAGUUUUUUCCCCUUUGUAGGCUGAGCCCAUAUGAGUUGAUAAUCUUUUUCUCCUCAGCAUCUUAAACCCUCUGGUGUUUCCUAAAAUAGCCACCUGAGCCAGUGAUGCUGUGAGAGAACCAGACCUCUGACUAAGAGCCAGGAAGGGGAAUUGAUUGGAGAGCUGCUCUGCAACGGGUGUCAGAGUGACCCUGACACUGCUGCACUGAGCCCUGGCCCAGAGGGCCCUGGGCAGGAAAAUGUCAACAGUACCCCGUGCCUGGGAGGCCCAGCAUUGCCAGGGGGUUGUUUGCUACAGCCAGCAGCUCCCCAGGCUGGUGUUUUCUGAGGUGUGAGGCUGCCUCUGGCUCUGUGCUGAAGGGUUUGUCCCAGCUCAGCCCCUCCUGGCGCCGAGGCUGCAGCUGGAGCCGAGGCACUUUUGCUGGUAGUGAUGCCUUCAGUGGCUUGGGAGGCUCUUUUCUCGUUGCACUAGAUCCUGCUAGAGCAGUGAAAAGCAAAUUGCACUUUUUUUCCCCUUCCCCCUGAGCUAUUUCACUCUGUCAGACUGUUACUGGUCACAUCUGGGUGACGAGCACUUUAGAGGAAGGUCUAAAAUCCAGACAAAUGAAGCCUUGAAAGUGGUGAGUGAGUGUCUCUAACACAUCUCUGCUAAAGAGGCUUCAUCUUUUAAUGUGAACCCAAGAGUGGGAUCUGAACUGUAUCACAGAGCCCUUUUUGGCAGCUGGGAGGAGGAGAACAGCCCAGGAAACCUUCCCAAGGCGCUUCCUGAGGUCGCAGCCUGGCAGCCCAGCCAAGCCCAGCUUGCAAGUGGGCAGCACCAGAGGUGAUGUGGGCACAGGAACAGGGCUGCAGUGAGCUCCUGGGGACCUCCAGCCAGCACAGGGUGCAGGGUGCCAGAGCAGGCACUGGGCUGGGUGCUUGCACUGGGAUGCACAGCUUGGAUGAGGAGUGUUGGCUGGGCUGUGCUGUGCAGGAGAUGCCCUGUCUGAGGCUGCUGUUGGCUUGAGUGUGCUGUGGGACUGGGGGCAGGGCCCUGUAUCUCAGCAGCUUUUGCUGCUGCCUUUCAGGGUUCUGAGAUGCAGAGAAUGUGAGCUGGGGGCAGGGGCACAGGGCAGGCAGGGGUUUUAGUGACUCUGCUUGGUGUGAUGCUGCCAGUGCAGCUGAGGAAUGGAGCCCAGGUGAGGCCAGCCCUCCCUGUGCAUCCCUGCAGUGGCUGCCCCCUUUGCUUUUACCCACCUGGCUGCUGCUGAGUCUCUUCUCUGCUCCAUCCCUGCAGCUGGCAGCCGUGGGGCUGCUGCUGUGUGCUUUGCUGUGCCCACCCGUGCCGUCCCUGGGGCUGCCUGGGGUGGGCUCCUCUCCAGUGUGGUUUGUGCUUCUCCUGCUGCACUGGCCAACAACUGGACUUUCCCCCUGUGUGUUGUUGCUGUGGGUUUCACUGUGUUGUCCUUGGUGUUGUUUUCUCUCGUGACUGGACCUGCCACAUCCAUCAGACCCCUCGGGGUGUUCUCCUCUA